GGCAGCACCUCAUUUUCGCGCCGUUGUUAGCCGUGGAAAAUUUGCCUUUUCAAAGCUCAGCUGAAUACAAAUACUCAUUGAUCAGUUGCACCGUGUGGGUUGUGACUCGAUCUGUAUAACCAACAUAAUGGCUGAACGGGUUGAUCCUGUUGUUGAGGCUUCCAAUAAGUCGCCAGUAUUUGAUACAAAGGCAGCCGGAGAUGAUGGCCUCCGGCGAGCGGAUGGCAUCUCGGGACUGUAUGAAGGAAAUGUCUUCGAGACCACCCCCGACAGUCGUCGUCAGAUUGGAAUUUUCAGUGCUUCCCUCCUAAUUUUUAACCGGGUUAUUGGUACCGGUAUCUUUGCCACACCAAGCACUAUCCUUGCAUUGACCGGUAGUGUCGGUCUCUCAUUGUUCAUGUGGGUUAUCGGCACUAUAAUUGCUCUGGCUGGAACGGCAGUGUAUCUAGAAUGGGGCACUGCAAUUCCAAGAAACGGAGGCGAGAAGAACUACCUCGAAUACGUUUAUACAAAGCCCAAGUUCCUGGCCACUGCCAUGUUUGCCGCCUAUGCCGUGUUACUCGGAUGGGCAGCCAGCAACAGCGUUGUCUUCGGUCAAUAUAUCCUCAACGCAGCAGAGAUUGAGGUCGGACGAUGGAAUCAGCGUGGAAUUGGCAUGGCUUGUCUCACUGCCGCGUUUAUUAUUCACUCCGUUGCCCUCAAAUGGGGUAUCCGUCUUCAGAAUGCGCUUGGUAUCAUCAAAUUGAUUAUCGUUGUGUUCAUCAUUGUUUCUGGUUGGGUGGCACUUGGUGGCCAUACCAAGGCUGAGACACCGCAUAACUUCACUAAUGCCUUUGAAGGCACCAAGGGAAGUGGAUAUGGAAUUGUCAUGGCGUUGUACAACGUUAUCUGGUCCUUUAUUGGCUAUUCGAAUGCCAACUAUGCCUUGAGCGAGACAAAGAACCCAGCCCGCACCUUGAAGAUUGCAGCCCCCGUUGCUAUCAUAUCUGUUGGCAUUUUGUAUAUGUUUGUCAACAUCGCCUAUUUCGCCGCUGUAUCGAAAGAAGAAAUGCUCAGCUCUGGCAGCAUUGUGGCGGCCGUGUUCUUCAGAAACAUGUUUGGCAAACAGGCCGAAAAAGUCAUGUCGGUCUUUGUGGCUCUCUCUGCAUUUGGCAAUGUGUUAUCCGUCAUCUUCUCACAAGGGCGAAUUGUUCAAGAGCUCGGCCGUGAAGGUGUCUUGCCCUUUUCCAAGAUCUGGGCUAGCAACUGGCCUUUCCACUCGCCAGCCGCUGGCCUGCUUGAGCAUUAUAUUGUCUCGGUCAUUAUCAUGCUCGCCCCCCCUCCCGGUGACGCAUACAACUUCCUCCUCAACCUCAUUUCUUACCCCCUUUCAAUUGUCAACUUCUUCGUGGCCGCUGGCCUCGUUCAUAUAUACCUCACCAAAGAGAAAAAUUACCCGAACUGGAAUCCUGGAGUCCGUGCCACGCUACCCGUCACCAUCUUCUUCAUGCUGUCGAACCUGUACCUCGCGAUUGCGCCAUAUGUGCCCCCAAGCGGUGGCCAAAAUGUGUAUGAACAGCUACCUUACUACCUGCACUGUGUGGUAGCCCUGGCACUUUUCGCAGCAGGAGGAAUCUACUACGUUGUCUGGGCGGUGUUGCUGCCUCGGAUUGGUGGGUAUGUGCUUGUCAAGGAGUCUGUCGUGGAUGCCGAUGGAUGGUCUCGCAGUGUUUUUACGAAGCUGCCACAGGCUGAGGCAGUGCAUUCUUAGAGAUACUGGGUGUGAGAUUGAAUCGGAUUGCUUAAUUUUGAAUCUUUAUGUACUCAGGAGAUAGAUUUUGUCAUGGUGACUUGGAAGAAAUUCCCACCAGACGCUACUAGUAAUAGGUAAUAUCGGAA